CAAAUUGAAAAUAAAUUAGACCGAAGUAUAGAUAUAUCCAAGGAAGAGUAAUGGUGCAGUCAUCAUCAACAUACAACUACCUUCAAGAAUCCAUCUCCUCGCUGUGCAAGAACCUCCUCCAGAAGAGAAGGCUGCCGGCUAUAGCCGCUGCAGAGGAGCGCCUCUCGAAGCAGCAAUCGGGCAACCUCAAGUGGCAGCAGGAUUCCUUCCACCACAUCCUCAACCUCAUGGGGCUCUGCAAGGAGGGGAUUGUGCCCCACUCACAGCUCUCUGCUUUCCGAUCGCACCUCCUCGACUCCCUCGUCGCCGACCACGACCACUCCUCCAUCUUAAGAGAUAAGCUCAUCUUCUUACAGGAGCUGCUCUACUCCAAUUGCAUAUCAGAGGAGGAGUACCACUCAUCAAAGGGGCCGCUGUUGCAAAGGCUGGCAGCUCAAGGGGCUGAGAUUGAGGCAAGGAAUGUGAUUGUUAGACCGAAGAAACAGAGUUCAGAACAAGAGUGGUCUGUAAUAGACUUGGAGGAUGAGAACCCCAACCCGAAACAAAACAGAGGUGAAAAGCAGACGCUCUGGCUUUCUACAGAAAACCCUUUUUGGAGGGAAACAAACCCCAACAGCAGCAGCAGCUUCUCCAGUGGUGGGGGAGGAGAGAAAUCGCAGAAGAAGAAGAAGAAGAAGAAAGCAUUGAGUAGAUAUCUGCUGUUUGGAGCAGAGGAGGUACGGGGAAUGGGAUUUGGAGGUUUGAGGAAGAAGUGGAACAGGGCAGAGAGCAAGGAUGAAACAGACGGCUCUCUUGUUGGCGUUCAGUUCAGUUUGGUUCCACAAACCAGCCAACGGGGGAGUCAACAAAUGCUAUCAAGGGUUUGAAAAGGAAGGACUUACAUGACCUAGACAUGAACAUAGUUACGGAGGGAGAGCAAGGAGAUGGUGAGGAGCUAGUUAUGGACAUGGUCCCUAAUACCAAUGUAGGUUCUAAGGAGCUUUCAACUUCCGCCUUAUCUAAUCACUCCUUAUGAAAGUGCUUACUUGGAAUUGUCGAGGGACUGUUAAUAAGUGUGUCAUAUGUCAUGUUAAGCAGCUUAUCAUGAUGCAUCAUCCUCAUGUUUUAGGCUUGUUUGAAACUAAGUCGGCCAACUCUCAAAGGAUGGUUAGUAUGGCUAAAUCUCUUGCAAUGGUUGGUUGGGAUUGUAUUCCCCCGUUGUGUUUCAAUUCGCUGGGGGUAUCCUCCUCCUAUGGAAUCCCAAUAAGGUGGAGCUCACUGUCAUAGAAAAAGCAACUCAAGCUUUCCAUUGUAAUGCGAAGUCGAAUGCAUUUAGUAUUAUUUGCUCUCUGUUAUACAUUAUUUGCCCUAAAGAGGCAGCUAAGGAAAGAUGUUGGAGAGAAUUGAGGGAGUUCAGAACGAGACAUUCUGGUCUGCGGCUUGCUAUGGGGAUUUCAAUAGUACUCUUUACUCUUUAGGCAUCAGAAUAGUGUGGUGGAAGCAUUUUGUGGAAUGCUAUGGACUGGUUCAGGGAUCAACUCAGUAGUUGUGAUCUCUACGAUGUGGGAACGGAAGGGGCACCCUUUACGUACGUGGGUCAAACGAGAAGGAUAACAAGUGACCCUUCAGAAACGUUUGGAUAGAGCAGUGUGGAACGAGGAAGCUCUCAUGAUCUUUCUAUAAGGGAAAGUGUUUAAUCUGCCUUGCCACCACUCUGAUCACCAUCCAAUGAUGUUCUCAAGUAGUAUUGAUUGUCCAAUAUGUUUCGAAGCUGCUUGGUUAACACAUAGUGCUUUGGAGCAAUUUUUUGUGAGCUCGUGGAGUUCUAAGAAAGAUGUUAUUGAACAAGCUAUGCAUGAAACAACAUGUAAUAGUAAGACAUGGAGCAAAGAAGCAUUUGGGGUCAUUUUCCGUCAAAAUAGGCAUCUCAGGGCCAUAAUUCAAAGUAUUCAAAAUUCUCAUAAUUAUUCCAAUUCACGCUCAGAGCAAAUGUUAGAAAGGGAUCUUGAGAUUGAAUAUAACUAUAUCUAUCUAUAUACAAAAGCAAGAGGAAUUUGGCCAAUUUUUCCCGCCUAAAAAUGUCACCGUCAAGUGUAAAUGUGGGUCCAUGUAUUGCAUGCGUUGGGCCAAAAAAUGAAUUCCAGUCGUUUUUUUUUUGAAGGGUUCAGCCCUCUAAUUUUGUUUUUUGUCAUUAAAUGCACAAGUUGUACUACGGAGUACAUAUUAAUCUUUUGUCAGCAUGAUAGUUGUUAUAUUCAGAGCACAGCACUAAAG